UACUUUAUCAUAUUUCGCUUUGCCAUUUUGAAAUUCCGAACAGAUCCACCACACAGAAUCAUCGGAGAAAUCUCUCAGCAGGGAGUGAAAAGGGGCGAGAAUCCGCUUGAAGUUGGAAGAAAACCUUGAAAUUGUGAAGGGAAUUGAUUAUUUUAGCAAAAUAUGGGGAAAGUUAUGGAUAACGACCGUGAGUUCAUGUCUACAGAUCCCAAGUCAACUCCGGGGAAAAAACCGCCAUCAACUCCACGGCUUUUCAUCAAAGAGAUGGUUAUGCAGAAUUUCAAAUCUUACGCCGGCGCACAACGAGUUGGGCCCUUUCAUAAGAGCUUUACCGCUGUAGUUGGUCCUAAUGGUAGUGGGAAGAGUAACGUGAUUGAUGCUAUGUUGUUCGUAUUUGGCAAGCGAGCUAAGCAGAUGCGUCUUAACAAAGUGUCGGAGCUUAUUCACAAUUCAACCAACCACCAAAAUCUCAACAGUGCACGUGUAUCUGUUCACUUUCAAGAAAUCAUUGAUUUGGAAGAUGAAACAUAUGAAGCUGUUCCAGGAAGUGAUUUUGUUAUAGCUCGUGAAGCUUUUCGAGAUAACUCUUCUAAGUAUUAUAUUAAUGGACGUGACAGUAAGUUUACAGAAGUUACCAAGAAACUAAAAGGGAAAGGAGUUGACUUAGACAAUAAUCGAUUUCUGAUUCUUCAGGGUGAGGUUGAACAAAUUUCACUUAUGAAACCAAAAGCUCAAGGUCCACAUGAUGAAGGGUUUCUUGAGUACCUAGAAGAUAUCAUUGGGACCAACAAAUACUUAGAAAAAAUUGAGGAGUCUCAUAAACAGCUUGAAGCUUUGAAUGAAAAGAGAUCUGGAGUGGUGCAGAUGGUUAAGUUAGCUGAUAAAGAAAGAGAAAACCUAGAGAGUGUGAAAAAUGAAGCAGAAGAUUACAUGCUUAAGGAGUUAUCUUUGUUAAAGUGGCAAGAAAGAGGAGUAAAGUUUGCUUCUGAGGAGAAUGCUACAAAAAUGGAAGAAAUUCAAAAGAACACAUCCGAGCUUCAACAAAAUAUAACAUCUGAAAGGGAGAAGAUUCAGGAAAGCAAAAACUCUUUGAAGGAGCUUGAGACACAGCAUAACAAGUUUUUAAAGAGACAAGAGGAACUUGACAAUGAGCUUAAAAGGUGCAAAGAUGAAUUCAAGGAAUUUGAGAGACAAGAUGUGAAACAUCGAGAAGAUUUAAAACAUGUGAAAACAAAGAUCAAGAAAACAGAAGAAAAAGUUGAAAAGGAUUCAGCAAAGAUUACAGAUAUCACAAGGCAAUCUGAAGAGUCAACUAAUCUAAUCCCCAAACUAGAGGAAGAUAUUCCUAAACUGCAAAAGAGUUUGGUGAAUGAAGAAAAGAUAUUGGAGGAAAUUAUGGAAAGCUCCAAAGUUGAAACUGAGAAAUUCAGAGAAGAAGUUGCAAAGGUUCGUGCUGAACUAAAGCCUUGGGAAAAAGAACUGAUUGAGCAUCAAGGAAAGCUUGAAGUGGCAUCUACAGAAAAGAAACUUUUGUCUGAGAAGCAUGAAGCUGGACGUGUGGCAUAUUUGGAUGCUCAAAAACAAUUGGAUGAUAUACAAAAGAAAGUUGAAACAAAGACUUCAAGCAUAAAAGAUAUGCAAACCAAAUUAGAAAAAAACAAACUUGAUUCAUCAAAAGCCCAUAAAGUAGAACAAGAAUGUCUAAAAGAACAAGAAGCUCUAAUGACUCUUGAACAAACAGCAAGACAAAAAGUCAUGGAGCUAAAAUCUGUCAUGGAAACUGAAAGAAAUCAAGGGUCUGUUUUAAAAGCAAUAUUGCAAGCAAAAUCUUCGAAUUCAAUCGAGGGUAUUUAUGGAAGAAUGGGUGAUUUGGGUGCUAUUGAUGCAAAGUAUGACGUGGCAGUUUCAACAGCAUGUGCUGGACUUGAUUAUAUUGUGGUGGAAACAACAGCUGCAGCACAAGCAUGUGUGGACAUGCUUCGUAAGAACAAUCUUGGUGUUGCUACUUUCAUGAUAUUGGAAAAACAAGGGAAUCAUAUGUCUAGAAUGAAGGAAAAAGUAAGCACCCCUGAGGGCGUUCCACGUCUUUUUGAUCUCAUCAAAGUGCAAGAUGAAAGAAUGAAACUUGCUUUUUAUGCAGCAAUGGGAAACACUGUUGUUGCCAAGGAUAUUGAUCAGGCAACACGAAUUGCAUACGGAGGGAAUCAAGAAUUCCGGCGAGUUGUGACACUGGAUGGAGCUCUGUUUGAGAAAUCAGGGACAAUGAGUGGUGGUGGAAACAAACCACGCGGGGGUAAAAUGGGAACUUCCAUCAGAGCCACCAGUGUCUCUGGUGAAUCCUUUACUGAAGCUGAAAAUGAACUCAAUCAAAUAUCAGAAAAAUUAAAAAACAUAAGACAACAAAUUUCUCAAGUUGUCAAAGAAUACAAAGAUUUGGAAAAACAAGCCACACGUUUAGAAAUGGAGUUAGCCAAAAGCCAAAAAGAGAUUGAGAGUUUGAAUUCACAACAUGAAUAUCUUGCAAAUCAACUUGAUUCCCUAAAGAAUGCAGCUGAACCAAGUAAGGCUGAAAUUGCUAGACUUGAAGAACUCAAGAAAAUAAUAUCAGAAGAAGAAAAAGAGAUCAAUAGGUUGACUAAAGGGUCAAAACAGUUGAAGGAGAAGGUGUUGGAGCUUCAAGGCAAAAUCGAGAAUGCAGGGGGUGAAAAGUUGAAAAAUCAGAAAGCAAAGGUUAACAAGAUCCAAAAUGACAUUGAUAAAAACAGCACAGAGAUCAAUCGACACAAAGUUCAAAUAGAAACUGGGAACAAACUUAUGAAAAAAUUAACAAAUGGGAUUAAGGAAUCAGAGAAAGAGAUAGAAAAACUGAAUGCACAAAAGGAAAAUUUAUUGACUUCUUUUAAAGAGAUUGAAGAAAAAGCAUUCAAGGUUCAAGAUGAUUAUAAGAAGGACAGAAGAGCUUAUGAACAAACAAGGAUUCACUUGGAAAAGCAAAAUCUGAUUAUGAAACCUGAAAAAGACUGUUGA